AUGACGAAUGCUUUUGAAUAUAUAAGUUGCACUAACAAAAUACAUGGGGCUGAACUUGAAUUAACACUUGACCCUAAACCUCCUGUCGCUGGACAACCCGUCACGCUUACUGUUUCUAGUGAUUUUAAUCAAGAUAUUACUGCAGGAACCUAUAUUUAUAUUAAAUUAUUAGAAGGUACUAUUGGUAAAGAACCUAUUGAAAGAUGCGUAUAUAAACAGAAAAUUUGUAUUGGAAAUGAAGCUUUGUGUCCAAUCUCAGUUGGAAAAAUAGUUAAACCUAUAUUGGCACACCAAGAGAAUACGAUGGUUAUGUGGUUACUAUUGGCUGUGCGUGUUAUUCAAGAAACCCUACAUAUUGUACCAAUUUAUCGCACAAUUCAUUUUGAAGUUAAAUACUGUCAUUUUAAAUGA